AUGGCGCUAAAUAUUGGUCAUAUCAUCAAGGGACGAUAUAGGUCGUAUCGGCUCGUGGAGGCUUUGAAGACUCCCACGGUUUUCAAAGCGCAGCUGUUAUCUGAUCCGGCCAUCAAGCCGGCCUCUGUUGUUGUGAAAACUGAGCCUGGUCCAGAGAAGAUCUGCUUGAGACGCGAAUGGAAUAAUUACAGAAUACCUGCUAUUGCAACGUCCAAGUACAUUCGAGAGUUAUGCGAUGUUAUCAGCUCAAACAAAGAAGAACAAAGGGCAGUGGAGGCGGACCCAGAAGCUGAUACUUUAUACCUAGUCUUUGAAUGGAUGGAUCAUGCUCUGAGAACCGUCCCUCCCUUUGGAUACCAAAUCAACUCUGAUCUUCCCAAAGUUAUCAGCAAAGCAGUGCUUUCUGCUCUUGCUCUUCUUACUCAGCUCAACGCAGUGCAUACAGAUAUCAAUCCCAACAAUGUCUUUCUUUCCAACGUCGGUGGACCGUCUCCGAUAGUAAAAGUGGGUGAUUUAGGAAAUAUGCUGUUACAGGGUUACAAUAAGAUCCGCGUCCAGAGCCUUCCCACGCGCGCACCAGAGGUCUGGCAAGGCUUGGGAUGUUUUCAUUCAUCUGACGUGUGGUCCUUUGGUGUUACUAGGCCCAUAUUCGGGGCCAAGGACAAGAUAGUCGAAAACCUGACGGAGGCAUGGUGUAUUGCCAAGAUUCGACGUCUUGUUGGGCCUAUAGGACCCCCUAUCAGCAAUCGCGAUUAUGAGGAAGAAUUUUUCAUAGCGGAACAUUUGGAGUCGUCAACGUUCAAACAUCCGGACACUGGUCUAGAGACUCCCUUCAUAAAGGUGGGCUCCUUACGCGAAGAACUCGAAAAGCUACCGGGGCCAAAGAUCUCGCCUGAGUUACUGGACUUCAUUGAGUUCUUACUUGUGGUUGAUCAUACGAAAAGACCAACAGCAUCUGAAGCACUGCAACACCCAUAUUUACAAUCUCUUGAAGCUUCGGAAUAA